AUGCAGACCUCGAUGGGAGAGAAGGCACACCUGCCCUGCAAUGUGACCCCACCCUCGGAGGACGACUCCAUAACACUAGUGCUGUGGUAUAGAAGCGAUGUGAAGAUACUGCCCGUCUAUACGGUGGACAUCCGUCACAAUCGAGACAAAGCCAAACACUUGACGCACGAAGUGUUGGCCGAUCGCGCCUUCUUUAACCUGUCCGUCCGACCGGCCAUUCUUACAUUGGACCCCAUCCUGGAGACCGAUGGCGCGGAGUACCGGUGCCGAGUAGACUUCCGAUGGGGUCGUACUCUCACUUCUGUUAUUAAUCUUAGUGUUAUUGUGCCUCCGAAAAAAUUAUACAUAACUGAUAGCAAGAAUCAACAGAUAUCUGGACUCAUCGGACCAGUUGAAGAGGGAUCUGAUGUCCGUAUUAGUUGUGUAGUGGAAGGGGGCCGUCCGCCCCCGAGUGUGCACUGGUAUCGCGAUAAUGGGCUGAUCGAUGCCUCGGCCACCGCUGGCCGUCCGCCCCCGAGUGUGCACUGGUAUCGCGAUAAUGGGCUGAUCGAUGCCUCGGCCACCGCUGGUGACGGAUCUCUUGUUAGGAAUGAACUUCUCAUCGAAAAUAUUCGCCGAAAUGAUUUGAACUCAAUUUACAGCUGUAAUGCAAUUAAUAACAACUUCAGUCAGACGUCUAUUUCGACAUUUGUCACACCUCCCGCCCAACUGACGUGGCUUAAGGACAAUAGAUUGCUCUCAAAGACCAGAGAGACGUUUACAGACGAGGGAAACGUGACCACCAGUGUCUUAGAGUUUGUUCCCAGCGCUGAAGACCACGGCUCGUACCUUAACUGUCGGGCGGAGAACCUCCGGUUAGCCAACAGUUCCAUCGAUGAUCAGUGGCUUCUCAACAUAUUCUUCCAACCCAAAGUGAACUUAUCGAUGAAAACGAGUGCAGCCAAAGGACUGGUAGUCGUUGGCAGCCAGCUAUUCAUGGAAUGCCAAAUUUCCGCUAAUCCCAGUGUAGUUGAGGUCAAAUGGCUUUUCAAUGGAAAGCCUCUCAAACAAGACAUCGAAAGAGAGCUCUUCAUAAGGAAUUCAAGUCUUGAAAUCCGAAGCGCUAGACGUGAAGAUCAAGGACUGUAUCGAUGCUAUGCCUCUAAUUUAGAGGGAAAGACAGACAGUAAUGAGUUACGGCUCGACAUCCACUUUUCGCCAAUUUGUAAGCAGUCUGAGGGCAACAAUAGUAUAGGCGCUGCCGUUGGAGAGACCAUUGAGUUGGAGUGUGCGGUCGAGGCAUCACCUGUUUCUGUCACAUUUGACUGGACGGUCAACCGAUUCCUACUCCACAAUCACAUCCAGCGCUCAAAUCAGGGCCUCACCAGUCGAUUGGCAUACAAAGUGCACAAUAAAGACGAUUUCGGAACCAUUGAGUGCAGCGCCAAGAAUGCCAUUGGAUUACAAAGACAGCCCUGUCUUUUCCAUAUUGUAGCCGCAGGUCUGUCUAUGCCUACCAUUCCCCGCUAUUCCCUACCAUUCAAUGUAUCGCUCAAAUGUCAGGCCUAUUAUCUGCAGACGAGUCACUCUAACAAAACUGACGCCUCGUUUCUGGUUGAGUGUACCGCUGGUUAUGACGGAGGACUCAAUCAGACCUUUCAUUUGGAUAUCUUUGACGACUCGGAGCGCAAGAGAUUACUGACUCAGUUGACCAAUAAAUUGAAGCCAAUAUUCGCAGCCGUCCGCCCCCGAGUGUGCACUGGUAUCGCGAUAAUGGGCUGA